AUGCGGUCGAUUUACUGUAGUGGACGAGCUACGGUAGCAGAUGAAUUCAUAUCAUCCGAAAGUUCAUGUGAGAAGACAGCCUUUCCUCUAUUUAGCGCUUUGAUAUUUCCCCAAUGUCCACAUCAGAAUAAGUUCGUAACCACCUCACGAUACGCAAUGGGAAAAGAUAAAGCUGACGAGUGCAAAGACUACCUGGAGCACUGCGACGUGGUGAAAUGCGACCACGCGGAUUUUGUGGACUUCGCUCGUGCGAACUGCGCCAGAACUUGUAACUUCUGCUUCGCAAACUCUACGCUUCCACCAGAGUACGCUUGCACGGACUUACUGGAUGACUGCAAUGAACGUAUGAAAAUGUGCCGUGAUAUUGAUUUCAUCGAUAUCAUGGCAGUGUUCUGUCCUCGCCUAUGCUCUCUUUGCACUUAUAAGCCCUCCGAUGGCCAGUGUCAAGAGCUUGUUCCUGAGUGA